AUGGCCGAGUCAGAAACACCAGCCCUCUCGGUUGAGUCAACCCCGAAUGGUCCAAAGCACAUCAAGGACAAAAAGUGCCCUUGGUGUGGCACGCCCUUUACUUCAUCCUCCCUUGGCCGCCACCUCGACCUCUACAUCAGACCUAACAAUCCCAAACAGCCUGACGGCAUUCACGAUGUCACAGCUAUCAGACGCCUUCGCGGCACGAUAACUAGGAGGAAAACAAAGGGUACCUCCAGGCGACGACACGGCUCGGCAUCUGCUGCCGGCAGCGAAACACCGGGAGCACCCUCCAAGGACGGCAUCAGUCCUGCCCCCUCAGACAUCGUCCAGUCUCCGGCUCCGACUACAGCCCAGAGGAGUCGGGGAAGUGUGAGCGCGGCGUUUGGGAGGAAUCACCCCUUCAACACCCCCUGGGAGGUCACCGGAGUUAUUGACUUUUCCCAAAGAAGCAACGGCGUUGCUUCACAUCCGGAAGAGAGGCAGGCUCUCCCAGAUGGCCCGAGGUCACAGGCCCUUGUACCACCACCGCAGCCACCGCAUACGUCUUCUUUUGGCCAACAGCCUUUGCAUCACCAACCUGAUCCGAGGCAACUGAUCCAAGAUGCUCAGGAUACGGCGAGAGCGGCCGAGCUUGCCUUGCGUGAGAUGGUCUGCUCCUGGAGGGCUGCUAAAUUACAUAUCGAUGUUCACUCGAUGCCUUUUGAAUUUGACCCUCUAACUCUUGAUUUCCCUUCCCUUGUCCUCCAAUGCCUCGAACCACCACCCACCAUCUUCUCCUCCACCUUCUACCCAACUCCCACUUCAUGGUCUCUUCAGCCGCCCGGAUGGGACCAGUUCAAAGCCCUCGAGACCCACUUUCAGGAAGAGUUCAAGAAAUGGCGCAUCAACUGCAAAGCCGCCACCACUGCUGUCAAUGAGGACCUUAGCUACCCGCCGCCCGUCAACUUUGUCAAGGUGGACAUCAAAGAAGCCAUCCGGCGUUCCGAAACCAUCAACAAGUCCCUCGAAAAAGCCGUCGCGGAGCACCUGAAGAAGAGCUUUGGCGUCUGGGAAGCCUCAAGCCAGUUCGACCGCGAAAAGAUGUGGCAACUCGAGCUGGCGCGCAGCGUGGCCCGCAAGCAAAAGGAGAUCAACACCCUCAAAGAAGAACAGCACCGCAUCAAGCAGGAAAACAACAACCUCAAGCAGCAGAUCGAACACCUCAACAUGCUUCAGCAGCCGCGCGAAUAUAAGCUGCAGACUCCCGCCACGAUUCCAAUCGAAAAAAAGCUGAUUGAUUACAUGUCUCAGUUGAUGGUUGUGCAUGGAGUGUCUGGCGUGGGACUGGAGCCCAAGCAUCGCCAUGAGGAUCUUAACACGAUUUGUAAGGAGGCUAUUGACCGUUGGAAGAAGGUGGUACAGUCUGGACGGCAAGGCCCACCAGCACCGGCACCGGCACCGACCCAGGGACAACAGCAGCAGCAAAGACCAAUGAUGAACGGCCCACCCUCUCUGCCAGCACCACCACCACCGCCCCCGCCAACACCGCCGCAACCGCAGCCGCAGCCGAUUGUGCAACAAAAUGGGGGUAUGUACCACCAGCCCCCACACCAACCUCAACACCAACCCCAGCAGCAGCCUGUAUAUCAGCCCGCCACAGAACCUCAGUUCCCUCAAGCCACGCAGUCUGUGCCUGCAGGUGGCCCCUCCUCCCAUAACCCUAUUGCAAGCUACUACUCGGCGGUAGCUGCUGAUUACGCUGCAAGGAACUCGUCAACCUCGUCAAACGCAGCUUCACAGCAACCUCCGAGCGCUACUCACGUUAUAAGCGACGACGAGGAUGAUGAUGACGAUGGCGAGGAGGGCGAGGAAGGGGAGGAAGGGGAGGAAGGCGAUGAUGGUGAAGAGGAGGAGGAAGACGAGGAAGACGCUGAAAUGGCCGGCACUGAAGAACCACAACGAUCGAACAACAAACAGCAGCCGCAAACCGAAGGCUCAUCAGGAGGUACUGGUGGUGGUAGUAGUGGAGUAGGCGAGCCGAUGAGCACAGACUAG